UACAACCUCAUCUUGUAUUUACCAACUUGCUAUCUGUAUGAAGUGGAUAUCCUUCAAGCGUUGUUCUGAUCAUCAAGUUCUCAAUCUAAAUAUUUGUGUAACAUAUUAAACUCAGGUUUUUGGUUCCUUCUGAUUAACUUGUGACUAGACCUGAGAAAGUAGGCCCUGCAUUUAUGCUAGUGAGUCAAAGGACGGUUGCUGUCUUUUUUUCAAAGAUGUCUUUUGAGGAUCAAAGCCAGAUCUGCAAAGAAAUCGAUCCAGACGGGCUUGACACUAGGUUUUGUAACAAGUGCAUCUGUUGUCACUUAGAGUACCAGCAUGAUGAGCAAGGAUUUAAUUGACGAUUUGACCGAUGUCAGGCCAGAACUGUUCUUGGGGCACUGUUUCAAACGACACCGGCUGAGAAAUAUGUAUCCACAAUUUUUCCUUAAGUUGAAAGCAAGUAGGUUUGGGCCACCCAAAUCCAGACGUCGCAUUAUUUUUGCUCCACCUAUGGCAGGACCAGCUUUUCCCUUUUCCCAGCCAACUCCAGGCCCGAAUUUCUGUCACUCAGCUGUUUUGCAGACGCCCCAGGAGGGAGAAGAUAGCCUCAGUUCUCCAAGGAUCACCUCCGAUACAGAAGAUGAUCUGCAAAAGCUGGAGGCAUGGAUUAUAGAAAGGAAGCAAUUCCGUUCCCAGCUGGAAAGCCUUGUGGAUGUGGAAAGAUGGUUGAUGCGAAAAGCUUCCCGCAGUGAUCAAGAAGAAAGAGUCUGGAGAAGAAUAAAGGCAUGCAGAGCAGACAGGAAGGCUAGAAGCAAGUCAGGCCCGACCCACAGCCCGGAGUGCUCGCCAGCGGGGAGCGGCCAGCUCUGGUGCAGGGGUAGCGCUCCCGUUAUUCGUGUGCCUUACCCCCGAGCUCUUGUCAUGCUGCACAAUCUCCUGCACAAACACAGUUUGAAGAUGGUGGACUUAUUCAGGAAGGCUGAUAUGGACAGGGGGGAAAUCACAAGAGAAGACUUCAUUAAAGUCAUCAAGGAGACCAAAGUUCCCAUAAGUGACAAGGAUCUGGAGGAAGUCAUCAUCUUCCUGACUUCCUCAAAACGGGGGAAUUUUAUAAGCAAUGACGAUCUGAUUGAAUGUCAAGAUCAAUGGCUGGAAAUGAUGCAAGGGCAAUGCAGAGAGACCAAAACAGGUGUACAAGCUGAGGGCAAAACCAAAGAAAUGAAGCCUCCUGUUCCUACCAAGCCUGAAACUGCGUUAAUACUGUUAGAAGUUCCCCCAAUCAACAUGGAGCCAGAACGCAGACACCUAACCUACGAUGAAAUGGAAGAGAUUGGAAAGCAAUUCAGAGACAGGAGGCGAAGGGAGAAGAGCAAAGACACCCCAAUAGAAUGGAAAGAAAAAUGUCGGCUGGUCAGAUCUGGGGAUAAAUAUGUUGAUGAGCACUGCCUGCCAUCGACUCUAGAGGGUGACAUGGCAGAACUGGUUGAUCAGUAUCGCAGGAAUUGCUUCCUGACCUAUCUGAAGAGCUUCAAGCUGUGCAAAGACUACAAAAUUCAUCUCACCAAGAUGAUGCUGCAAAAAGCCCUGCUGCACCCAGGGGACAAGAUCAUAAAAGAGGGAGAAGACAUACUGAAAAUCAGGCAGCCUGGAGGGCCCUACACCACAACACCGACCCACACGCUGUCACCUGUGAGCGCAUCCAGAAAGCAGGCCAAAGAGAUGCAAAACAGGCAGCUCCAAAGGAAUAAAAUGCAAAAAAAAAUCGCCCAUGUGAGCGAGUCAAAUGACAAUAACUUCUGGCCAGGUCACCUUCUGGACAAGAUAUGCCUUUACCUACCUUCAGCGGAGCCUGGCAGGGCGCAUGCCUUGUUCAGCUACGUUCACUCAACCAAGCCCGUCUAUCACGGCAUCUACAACCCUGAGCGCAGCUGGCUUGUCAGUGAUCAAGGAUACUUGACCUACGGAGAUACUGCGUUCAGAAAGACCCACUUCCUCUGAGGUGAUUUGCACAGCAGCAUGUGCCGUGAGAACAGGUUUGUGAUCCAUCAGUCAUCUCAAUGGAUCUGGGCCGUGCUCACGGAAGAAAUAAAGGUAUCACACAGUAUAUAUUCAAGUUAAAGUUAGGGGGGAGCUGGACUGGCACCAAAAUGCACGUCUCAACUGGGAGCUGUUCUGCUCAUCCAGUAACAAGAAGCUGCUUUAUAAAGGGUAGUGAGUUCCUGCUUCCUGGGCACAAAUUAAGUGCGAGUGGGGGCAGUUGCCAUGUCACUAACCCUGUAUUUUAGUGUUAGGAGAGAAAUCCAACCUUAUUCUGGCAACAAAGAGAAGCUUAGACUUCCCAAAGGUUAUGACAGGGGCAUGUCUUUUGGGAUCCCCAAGGUCCCCAGGGGGAGGUUCCCACCGGAAGGUCUCCGUGUCCCCAAGGGAGGUUCCUGUGCCCUCAGGGGAGGUCCCUUUGUCCUUGGAGAGGUCUCGUGUCCCCAGGGAAGACCCGUGUGUGUUUGUGUGUGUGUGGAAAUCACCUGUUCCUGGGCCGCUCCCCUUGGGGCAGCCCGAGUCCCUGCCGAGCUCCCACGUUCCCGGAGAGGUACCCGUGUCCCUGGGGGAUUCUGUGUCCCCAGGGGAGGUCCCCGUGUCCCCAGGGCGGUCCUGUGUCCCAAGGGGAGUCCCAUGCCCCCAGGGGCUCCCGCUGCGGGCCGCGAGGGCCCCACGGCCCCCACGGCCAGGCCGCCGCCCCCCGCUCGAGCAGAGGCG